AUGGCCAAAUCCACUAGCCCACCAAAUGAUGUUCUUGGGACAUUGAACGCCAUCAGUGCCAAUUCUUUCGAUGCGGAGAGCGAUCGCAUUAAGGCUCUCUUGGCCGCAUAUGCGCUAGUCAGCCGACUUGAGACCCCUUGGGAGAGAAUAGCGAGGAUGUCGAGCUUAAAGGUAGUCAAAGACCUCCAGUUGUUCGAGAAAUGGCAUGCCAAUGGCGAUGAAGCGCGAAGUGGGGAUGAGUUGACUGCUCUGGUCAACUGCGAUCGGGACCUUCUUGGCCGAAUUUUACGUCACCUGGCUACAAACCACAUUCUGAUUGAGCCUACAGCCGGGGUAUUCAAGCCGACAACCUUUUCUCUUUCUCUUUUGCAACCUGUUUUCGGGGAAUGGAUCUCUUAUCUAUUUGAUGUCGGCAUCCUCAUCCUCCACAAGACCCCCGAGUUCCUGUAG